CCUUGGUGACUUCGUCGUCGCCGGUGAACCAGGCUUGGAUGCGCCGGGCAGGCUGCGCUCUGUCCUCUGCGCUCCCGCGGCGGUUUCGAGUAGCUCCACAGGCUCUUCCCGGUGGCGCUCAGGAGCCUUCGGCCAGUGCGCGACUCGCCGGCUCGCCUGACCGCCCUGCCCGGAGCCUUGCGGCGGCCUGAGCUCUCGCUACAUUCCGCCUGGCCCCACGUUUCGGAGCUUGAGCCUGGGACAAUGGUGUGCAUUCCUUGUAUUGUCAUUCCUGUUCUUCUCUGGAUCUACAAAAAAUUCCUGGAGCCAUACAUAUACCCUAUGAUUUCCCCCUUUGUUAGUCGCAUAUGGCCUAAAAAAGCUGUACAAGAAUCCAAUGAUAAAAACAAAGGCAAAGUAGACUGCAAGGGUGCUGACAGAAAUGGAUUACCAACAAAAGGACCAACAGGAACCUAUGAUAAAAAGAAAGACUAAUGCAACUUUUCCAAAGGAUCGCAAAUGUUUUUAAAAUGGACCUGAUGACACAAAGCACCUUCUUUGUAAUUGUCUCUGACUUUUUUCUCUGAAACUAGAAUUUUGGAUAGAGAGUUUAUUUAUCUGAUACUUACUGGGAAAUACAUAGUAUUUAUAUUUAAAAUGUACUUAGUUAUAUUUAAUGACCUCAUUCCUGAGUUCCAUUUUCAUUAUAGUAGCUUUAAUUUCUAUUACUGCUGUUUUAAUAAUAUGAAUAAAUAGGUUUGUGCCAGUAAAUACUCAGUACUUAAAGUCCUUGGGCCUCUAGCAUUCAAUCAUCCACGUGAAUUUGACUGCUCUUUGCUCUAAUUCUUCAGGUCCUUUUAAUUUGAAUGGAUUAAGUUUUACUGUGAAAUAGUACAGAUGAUAAUGAUGUGAAACUUAAAGAUAAGAUUACUGUCCAACACAAUGGAGCAGUUUAUCUAUGAGAGUAAGUAACUACUGUUUAUUGCUCUGAGAAAGAUGGAAAAGAAGGAUAUAGGAGAAACUUUGAAAAAUGAAACAUCUUUUACAUAAAUGUCUAAUGUGUUAUAAAAUUAUAAUGCUGUUGCAUUCCUUCCAUUCCUACAAAUGCAUUAAACAUUCAGUUUAAUUUGUGGUU